AUGAUUAAUGCUCAUGCUAACUUGCAUAAGAGAAAAUCUUCCUUGAUUGCUGAUGGGAAUCAUGCUGCUGCUUUUAAGACAUCAAGGAAGGGAACCUAUAUGGACUCUCUUGAAAGAAAGGACGAUGCUGUUGUUGAUGAUAACAACAACAAUGAAGAAAAAGAUGGAGGAGAAGCUGCUGAUGAUGAAAAGAAUAAGCCUUCUACUCGAUGUUUUAGCCACGGUUUUCAUUUAAUGGAAGGAGAAAUGAACCAUGGAAUGGAAGACUAUGUUUCUGCUCAACACAGGAAACUCAAUGGUUACGAUUUAGGAUUGUACGCAAUAUUCGAUGGACAUGCAGGUCGCGACGUUGCAAAAUAUUUGCAAAACCAUCUAUUUGAAAAUAUACUGAAUGAGCCUGAUUUCUGGGAAAAUCCAGUGCAUGCUGUUAAGAAAGCAUGUAAAACUACCGACGAGGAGAUAUUAGAAAACAUAGCUGAUUGGAGAGGAGGAUCAACCGCUGUGGCAGCAAUACUAAUUAAUGGAGUAAAGCUACUGGUAAUCAACGUUGGCGAUUCGCGUGCAAUAUUGUGUAAAAAUGGUAUUGCGAAACAGCUUACGGUGGAUCAUGAACCGGAGAAGGAAAAAGAUCUGGUUGAGAGAAGAGGAGGUUUUGUCUCUAAGAGACCUGGGAGUGUUGCAAGAGUGGAUGGAGAGUUAGCAAUGACAAGAGCAUUUGGAGAUGGAAAACUGAAAGAGCACAUCACUGCUGAACCAGAUGUGAUGAUUAAGAAGAUUGAUGAUGAGACUGAAUUCAUCAUUUUGGCAAGUGAUGGUUUGUGGAAGGUGAUGACAAAUCAAGAGGCUUGUAAUUGUAUUAAGGAUGUUGAUGAUGCUCAAAAAGCAGCAAGAAAGUUGGUGAAAGAAGCCAAAUCCAUGGGAAGCUAUGAUGAUAUUUCAUGCAUUGUUGUUAUGUUCUAG